AACAGACAUGUGUAGAUUAGAUCCUUUUUAAGAAGAAACCCUAAAAUAGGAGAAUACCUGUGUUACAAUCACUUUUUACUAACGAUGAUCUUUUUUUCCAUGCAUAGCAUUUGACAAUAAAAAAGCACACCUGUUUUUUUUGAUGCUGUGUGACUAUUUUAAUAGAAACCUUGGGGGGUACAAGAACACACAACCUUUUUUAAUUCCUUUUGUUUGACUCUAUUUUUUUUUUCUUUUUCCUUUUCUUUUCUUUCCUUAUAUCCUUACUUAUUCUACCAUGUCAAAUCAGCAGAAGGCAGCAGAACCGAUAUCAAUAUUAAAGCAGACUUCUUCAAACCAACCUAGCUUGUCAGCCAGACUUGUUUUGAGCGACGAAGAAGAUGAAGAUGCCAACAAGUACAUUUCAGAUGGUGACAAUGACGACGAUGACCACAUUACUGAGCCCAUGUCGGCUGAAGCAUUAGAGUUACUCCAAACGGAAAAAGUCUUGAAAGCUGGAUACUUACUGAAAAAGGGUGAAAAAAGAAGAACUUGGAAAAAACGUUGGUUUGUUUUGAGAACAACAAAAUUAGCCAUGUACAAAGACAAGAAGGAAUACAAACUAUUGAGAAUUAUUGAUCUACAUGAAAUUCAUAAAGUUGUCCGAGUGACAUCAAAAAACAAGUAUAAAUACGUAUUUGCAUUUGUCACUGCCAAAAGAAUGUAUUAUGUUCAAGCAAAUGAUCAAGCAGAUAUGGAUGACUGGUUUAAUUUAAUCACCCAAGCAAAGCAAGAGCAGCGUUUAUACGAUGCGGAUGAUGAUACUAGCUCUAUUAACCACGAUCAGGAGUUCGCCAAGGAUGUGGUUACAUCGUACAAAUCGAAUCAUAUUAUACAAAACCAGCGACGUCAGUCUAGCGGUGGUGGAACAUAUGAUUUUGUCUCCCCUCCUGAUUUCCAUCCUACAAAACCUGUGGAUAUCCCAAAAAAGUCUUCUUCAACUCCUCUCAGUGAAUACGCUAUUGGUCACACCUAUCCAUUGUCUCCCUCUUCAGAUCAUACCAAUCAAAUGAGCGUCAUUGAUGGGAUUGCAAGCUCGGAAGAUGACGAGGAAUAUGGCGUCGAUAAAGCAAAUAUACAAUCCGAAGAAAGUAGAAAUAGAGUCCUGAUCGAAGGCUAUCUGCUAAAGUUAGGCCGCAAUAAAGGCUGGAGAAAGCGUUGGUUUGUGUUACGAACUGAUACACUAGCUUAUUAUGAAGAUGAUAAAGAGUAUUCGCCCCACAGAAUUAUUCCUUUACACCAUAUCAUUGAUUCACUAGAGAUUGAUCCAGUCAGUAAAAGUAAACAAAAUUGCUUCAAAAUCAUUAUUCCAAAGAGAAGUUAUGUACUGUGUGCAUCCACAGAAAAUGACAUGGACUCUUGGUUGAACGCUCUGGUUGUGGCUAUCAGAAGAGCUAAAAGGGAUGCAGACGACACAUCAAAGCCUUCAACCCCAUCUACACCUCAGCCUCAGUAUCAGCAACCUGGACGUCAGUUAUCAUUAAUACCAGAGGGUUGUACUAACACACAUGGUGCAAAGAAACUCCCAUCCUCACAUUCUUCGGCAGACUCUUUUGAAAAUAUUAGUCAUAUAUCUGGUGUAAGUGGCGCUGGCGGUGUGGGUGGUGCUGGCGGUGCCUUGGGUGGCACUCCAUCAUCCGCUGGUUUAGUUCAGCUGCACUCAAGAGCAUCAGAAAGACUUGGGCGUGCCAAGUAAAUCCACAUAAA